AUGAAACUCAUGUUUUUUCCUGUUACAAUGAUCGAAGAAAUACCACAUAUGAUACUUUAUUAUGAUUUUACAAGAAAAAGAGAUCGUUAUUUUCUUGGUCCAUAUGAAGUAACAAUGUUGAGAGCUGGUUCUGUUCGUACCAUUUGUGAGAUUAUUUGUUCAUCUGAUUUUCUAUGUGGUUUACUUAACGUAAAUCGACCAGAAAUGUUAAAAGAAUUAUCACAAGAAAUCCCUGACACAGAUAAAGAGGCUACUGAAAAUAGUUCACCAUCAUUAGAAAAUUAUACAACAGCUCAGCGAAGAGAUUCCUGUUUAUCAUCAAAAUCAGCAUCAUCAGCACCAUUAUCACCCGUACAUGAACGUUUAUUAUCAAUGAUUGAACAACGUCUCGAUUUUAAACAUCGCUGUAUGUUUUAUUCAACUGAUCCAACAUCUGAUUUAAGCAUAUGUGCACUAAAUGUCGACUAUAAUUCAUCAAUUUUAUGUAAUUCAAUUGGCUAUCCAAAUCCCGUUUCAUAUGAUGAACACAAAACAGGUAAUAAUACCAAUAACAGUAAUAAUCGUGAAGACAAUCGACAACGUGUGCCAACAAAAUAUCCACAUAAAAUGAAACAUCAACGACGAGAUUAUGUUCAUGAAUGGAUAUGUAUUAGAGAUAUUUAUGAUGAAUAUAUUGCAUGCGAUAAUGUUCUCAAACUUAAAGCAGUCAGCGAUAUUCUAGUUAAAAUGGAUUUAUGGUUAAAACAACGUUGUCAACCAUUUUCAUUGAAAACAAUUAAUAAUGAUAGCAAUGAAAAUAUAAAAUUAUUCAAAGCAAAAGCAAGACAGUUAAUAUGGGAUUUGAUGGAAAUGAAAAAUGAAGUCCGCUUUCCACGUCCGGCACAUGGUCGAAUACCUCAUUUUAGAUAUUCUGAAGUAGCCGCCGAUAAUUUUGCUAAAUUAGACUGUUUUAGAAAGGCACGUGUUGUCAAAGUAAAUCCAUCACUAGCUCAAGAACCACUUAGACAUUUGACACUGUUGUACAAUAAAGUUCUACUCACUCCAACACCUUCAUUAGGUUCAGCAUUAUUUUAUAAAUUAGAUCCAAAGUUUCUUCAACGUCGAGAAUUAGAAUGGGCAAGCAGUAAAACAGGUGCUGCAGAACUGGGCACUGUGGUUCAAUUACAAGCUUUAAAACAGAUACAUGUUGAUAUUGUUGUCGUUGCCUCAGUGGUAGUUAAUCCUGUAACUGGAGCACGCAUUGGAAAAGGAAAAGGUUACGGAGAUUUAGAGUACGCAAUUAUGAAUGAAAUGGGAGCUGUCAAUUCAAAAACAAUUGUGGUUACAACUGUCCACGAAAGUCAAUUGAUUAAUGAUUUUUCUCUGAUGGAAGAACAUGAUUUACCUGUAGAUAUAAUUGUUACACCAAGAAGAUAUAUCUAUACAAAACGUUUAUUUCCAAGACCAACUAAAAUUUUGUGGGAUAAAUUAGAUCAUGAUAUGUUAUUAUCUAUACCAGUAUUACAAGAACUGAAACGAUUAGAAGAACAAGACGUUGCCAAACAUUAG